AUGAAUUUACCGUGGCAAUGGACUACCAGUUCCGUUGGCACUACCUACAUCGGACGAUAUCAGGUGUGGGAAUGGCAGAAAGCCUGCAUGGGUCAAAUAAGAGCUUGGUCAUGUGUUUUUGGUGUGCUGGACGUUGCUGAAGUCAUUAAGCGACCUGAAUUGAUCGUUCAUAAAGUAGACCUAAAUUUCGAGCCAGCCGCAUUCAUGUGCAUUUUGAAGGUAGUUAUUCUGAAAUUAAUUAUCUAA